AUGCCUUUGGUAUUGUAUUUCGACAUGUAUACAACAAUCAAUUUAUUGGAGCGAAAAAAUUUGCAACAAUUAAUUAGUGUUGACAUGUGGCAUGUCACCUUUUCACAACGUCUACAGUUCGCUUUUCAGAUGAUAAGUGGCUUGGUGCAUUAUCAUGAUAAUUUGUUGCUACAUUUGGAUGUUAAACCGGCUAAUGGUCAAAAGAUUAUAGAUAGAGUUGAUAUUUAUUCUUUUUCAUUGGUUUUACGGGAAAUUCUGACACGGAAAACCGUAUACAGCUUGGUGCAUCCACAUAUUUUCAUUUAUAAUUUUGUUGUACGCAAAGUAAACACAAUUUCUUCUUUUGUUUUGCCAAAAAAUGAUCUUCGAUAA